AUGUACCGACGUCUCGUGCCGCCUGGUACGUUGCGCGUGACCAAAGGCUACGGGGCGGCCAAGCACGAGGCAGAGCUGGACUCGACUCUUGCGCGCAUCAUUGGCUCGGACUGGGGCGACCGGUCGCACCAAUCGGUGUCGCUGCCCAUGCGCCUCUACUGGAUCGUCUUUGCGCUCGUCCUCGGCAACGGAGUGUACACGUUUGUUGCCGGGAAAGACGAGUCGUUUCUACUCGAAAAGCUCAAGAAAAAGCUGGACGAGACAUGGGGCGCGCACGACGAAAGGGACGAGUUUGCUGAACGAAACGAGACGCACGAGACGUCUCUUGCAGCUUCUGAUGCUGUGUCUGCUGAUUCGAUGGAAGGGACGGGGUCGGUGACGCUGGCAAAAGCGCCGUCGGCUUCGGUGCUGACCGCAUCGUCUCGUGGGACAAUGGUGCCGGUCUUUGUUCCACCGGGAAUGUCUGUGCCGUCGAAUGCACGUCAGUCGUUGUCCAUGACAGAGCUGGAGCAGCAGCUUGUGCAGCUGCGCGUGCAACAGGAGCGGUUGCAGCAAGAGAUGCGUAGUGGGGAAGGAGCUCUGACGGCAGAGGAAGCGGCACAUCAAGUGCGCAUGCUAGACAUACAGAAGGAACAGGUGAAGGCAAUGAUGAAAAGCCUGUGA